AAACCUCAUCGAAGAAGAUGUCAUCUAUCUCUCUCUCAGUGCGGAAGUAGGAAGGGGGAAUUCCUGGCGCAAACUAGCUCAGUCAGUGUCGCUUUGACAGCAGAAAGAUACUUUAGCAUAAUGUCAAGGGACCUUAUCGCUGGAGAUUAUUUUACAAGAUUUGAAUAGAAACACAACGUAAGAGUUGGUGUCAGUUACGGAAAUACGCUUGGUCUGCGACAAUCAAACCAGAGCUAGCUAGGUUAAUUAACUGGCUAACUACGUCGAGAGCUAUAGAGAAAAGCAGCAUGGUGCAGCCCCAGGCAGACGUAGCCCUGCAGUGGGAGAUGGCGGGGGACGAGGGGGGCGUGGCUCUUCAGGUUCCUGCUGAGCUGGCAGCCAAUGAGGUGGUGACUAGACUACUGGGAGACAACCAGCAGCUCCGAGAGGCGUUGCGGCGCAGCAACCAGGCCCUGCGUGAGCGCUGUGAGGAGAUGGAGGGAUGGCAGCGGAGGUCUAGAGAAGAGAGGGAGUUCCUCAGCUGUCGUUUCCAGGAGGCCCGGGCUCUAGUGGAGAGACUGGCCAGGGAGAACCACAGCCUCACCAGCCUGGCCAGCCCCUCCAACCCUGGAGCUGACCAAGGCCUGCUGGUCAACGGCCCCAGCCAGGCCUCCAGCUCCAGCUCUAACGGAAUUCUUGCUGGGGAGAGGAGGGGAGGGGACCAGGAGAAGAAGAGCUCGGAUGAGAGGAGGGGAGGGGACCAGGAGAAGAAGAGCUCGGAGACCAACGGACCGAUGGCAUCCUCUCUGCCCACAGGAGGAGGGAACGACUUUCUCCAGCUGCUGAAGACCCACAAAGAGAAGUUGGAAGAAGGGAUGAGAGAUCUGAGGAGGAGGAAUGAAGAGCUGGAGGGAGAGAGGGAGGAGGGAGAGAGGGAGAGAGACUACCUUCGUCGCUCGGUUGAGCAACUCAGAACCAAACUGAGUUGUGGUGUUACCGAGGAAACUGUUCAGCGUUCCGAUGCCCCGCCCUCCUCUGACAGCUCCCACCUGGCCAAACUCACCGAGCAACUACAAGCCACGCAGGGCAGGUACAGAGAGCUGCAGGAGAAAUUAGAUUCCCUCCAGAAGAGUUCAGCUCAGAGAGACAGAACUGAAGUGCUGCUUAAACAGAAGGACAAGGACUGUACCCAGCUGGCUAAGGAUGGCGAGGCGCUGAAGGCCCAGGUGACAUCUCUCCUGGGAGAACUGAGAGAGAGACAGAGCUGUUUGGACCGGAGCCAGCAGGACCGCAACAUACUGGACGACAAGCUGAGCAGUGCUCUGGAGGCGUUGGCAGCAUCAGAGAGAGAGAUGGAACAACAGCGGAAGCAGCACUCUGUGACGGUAGACAAGCUACUGCUGCAGACACAGAACCUAGAGACCGCCCUGAAGACUGACCGACUGGUUAUUACUGAAGAGAGGAGGAAACUGGCUCAGCUGCAGCAUGCCUACACCUGUCUGUUUAAGGACUACGACUCCAAACUCAAGACUGAGGGGGGAGACAUGUGUGGUCGUCUGGAGGAGGCAGAGAGAGCGUUGGCUCUGAAGCAGGACUUGAUUGACAAGCUGAAGGAAGAAGUGGAAAAACACAGAGGAUCUCUAGAGACCGUUCCUGUUCUCACGGCCCAGGCUGAGAUCUACAAGGCAGACUUCCUAGCGGAGCGGGAGGCCAGAGAGAAGUUGAACCAGAAGAAGGAGGAGCUUCAGGACCAGCUGAACAGAGCACUGGCUGAGAUGGAGCGUCUGAAGCAGGAGGGGACCUCACGGGCUCGGAUGGAGGAAAUGCAGCAGAGACACCUGGAGGUCUUCAGACCACCACAACCAGGGGCCUUUAACACGACCCCUUCCUCCUUCCGCAGCGUGGGAUUGUCUGCAGGGGGAGUGGCUGGAGGCGGGGCUGAGGAGCUCCCUGACUACCGCUGUCCAAAGUGCCAGUACCAAGCCCCGGACAUGGACACACUGCAGAUACAUGUCAUGGACUGUAUCCAGUAACACACACACACACACACACACACCUUUAAACUCUCUCUCCCUCCCCCUCUCUACCAUAUACAGUCCCCUUUUAAAGUAUUCUCCCCCCACACUCACACCAUCCCUCUCCCUCCCUCCAUAUCCCUCUCCCUCCCUCCAUAUCUCUGCUCU